CACGAAUCAGCCGUUUGAGCUAUCUUUCGCAUCGGGUUUGCAGCGAGAUGAAGGGAAAACUCCACCCAGAAAAGGGUGGGAUUUGCUAGUAUAUAAUGCAUUGGAUUAGGUCAGUGGGCUAUCAGAAGUGUACCAGCGCUUAGCACCAGCUCAACCGAGAUCUUCUCUCACCCACCGUUCACCCUGCAGCAUCAACACCGCAAUGAAGUCCUUUUUCUGUGUCGCUUCCUUCUUCCUCCUAGUAGCAUCGGUGCAUGCAUUCACCUUGCGCCAGCAGAAGAUGGUAAGCAUUUUCGCGCUGGAGUGUAUGGCCGAGACAGGCAUUGGGGCUGAAUCGCUGACCAAGCUGCGCGAUGGCGAUCUUACCGCGAACGACCGGACCGCGAAAUGUUUCAUGAAAUGUUUCUUCGAGAAGGAGAACUUCAUGGAUGCGGAGGGUAAGCUGCAGCUGGAAGCGAUUGCCACGGCGCUGGAGAAGGAUUACGAGCGGGCCAAGAUUGACGAGAUGCUAGAAAAGUGUGGCGAGCAGAAGGAGGAUGCCUGCGAGACGGCGUUCAAUGCGUACGCGUGCUAUCACGAUCACUAUCAGAACCUCUAAGCGACGAUCGAUGCGAGGCUCGGCUUGAUAGUAUAGUCAAAUCAAAAGCUCCUCAGUGCGAUAGAGUCAAGUGAAAAUAAACAUUUUAUAGUUACAUUCUAAUAGAGCUGUUUUGAUUACUCCAUUCUGCAGCAUACUCGUUCUGUGAUAAACGAUGCUUUCAACAAGCCGUUUCAGAGACCCGACUGUUAUCCAAAAACCGUAUUACACAUCAUUAGGCACCCAAGACACUCUUUACUGUGCAUAACUUGCAUUUCUUUAUCACAAACUCAUCCGACAUCCCGGCUCAACACAUAGAUACAGGCGCACAGCAUCAUUAGACUGACUCUUAUUGUGAAAUGCUCUGUCAAAACCCAUCUCGCACAAGACAUUCCACAAACAGCCAGCGCGCAAAGCUGCUUCGUUUAUCAUCUUCUCCGCAUGCAGCCGGGCAGUGGAUAGCUCUGCCAUAUGGACUGGCAAAGGGCUGAAGGAUGCAGCACGCUCUGGCUGGUUGUUGUGCUGCUGCAAGUCAGCCCCAUUGCUACCGUACCGAUGCUGAUUAUGCAGUAGGAUUAUGAGCGGCAGCUGCUAUGACUUUUGCUCGCCUUCCACUGGCACACCGGCAAUGGUGCAAAGGCGUUAAGAAAUGUGCAACCAUUGCAGUGUACUAGGCAUGUGUAAAAUGAACGAGAAUCGCACCGUUCGAACAGUUCGGUAAAGUGAACGAACGAACGAGAUUCUUAACAAAAAGAACGACCAGGACUUUUGGAAGAAACUGACUACACCGAACGCGUUCGAACG